CCCUCCUCUGAUUGGGUAUUUUUCAGAAGACCAAUGCUUGCCAGCGUUAUUUUACAGUGGUUUGCGGAAGACGUGGCGGCCCCAGCGCGAAGCUGCAACUGAAGUAGACAGAACGGAGUGAAUGGAAACUUUCAGUGCAACUAGCUAGCUGUUGAUCCGCCGCAAGAAUGAUCUCUCUAACGGAUUCACAGAAAAUCGGGAUGGGGAUAACAGGCUUCGGCGUGUUUUUCCUGUUCUUCGGAAUGAUCCUGUUCUUCGACAAAGCGCUCCUCGCCAUAGGAAACAUUCUGUUCGUGGCAGGCCUGUCCUUUGUCAUCGGGCUGGAGCGCACAUUCAGGUUUUUCUUCCAGAAGCACAAGAUCAAGGCCACCAGCUUCUUCCUGGGGGGCGUGUUCGUGGUGCUGAUUGGCUGGCCCAUGGUGGGGAUGGUCCUGGAGAUUUAUGGAUUCUUCCUCUUGUUCAGGGGUUUCUUUCCAGUGGUCGUGGGCUUCAUCAGAAGGGUGCCCAUUCUUGGGUACCUGUUAAAUCUCCCAGGAAUCAGUGGGAUUGUGGAUAAAGUCGGAGAGAGCAACAACAUGGUAUAACAGUGACCACAUUUUUUCAGUUUUGUUAUGAGAAGAUCUCUUUAUAUUAUUUAUAUUGGGUUUCCUGAAACAGUCAUGUCCCCGCUUGGGGGGGGGGUCUCCCUUGAUCCCGAGGCCUCCGCUGUCAGAACUUCACUCGGACCUCUUUUCCGUUGGAAGGAAGACUUUUGCUUCUAUUUAUUUCUUUUCAUUUUUGCGCCGCGGCAGCUGCUUCCGUAGCGAGGAGGGACCAUGACUGGUUGCCAUGGGGACGUCUGGACGAAUGAACUGUGAGCCGAGGGCCGAGGCGUACGUUCAGUGAAGCUUCGCACACGCACACACAUGUACACACUGCCCACAGAGGGAUGUGGGACCGAAUGGGCAAGACGAACCAGGCCAAAUCUUCCAGGUGUCGGGAUUUCUAUUGGAUGAGCCUGGAACGGGAAAGGCUCCAAUUGGUCACUGGACAUGUGGGAGGGGUCUGGAUGCUGUUACUGUGGUCAUACUUAUCUGUGGUUGUGCUUGUCAUUCCCUAUUGAUUUGGAGACAGUUACAUUUCUGUAAUUGCAUACUGACACGACAUGGGUCACUAGUUUGGCUGAAUAUUUGAGUUCCCAAUGUGGCACCGGGAGUCCCUUCGGUUGCUUGAAACAAAACCGCACACAGACACUCCUGUACCAUGAGCUCAGUGCAAAAGGUAUGACUGCAUUCUGCAUUUUUAAAAUAUACGAAACUUUUACAUGUGUAAAGUACUGACAGACUGGG